AUGACGAGGGGACAGUUCAAGGUGGUUCCUCAAAUCUUAAUGGAACUGCCCCCUGCUAAAAAGCAGAAACUCAUUGAAGAAGCCACUUCCAUCAUCAGCAACUUGAAGUGGACAGACGCUGUGCAGCUGAUCGAUCAGGUCAUGAGGGACCAGGCCAUGCGGCAGAAGCUUUUGGCCAUGCUAACAACCUACAUUCCCAUGAUUCUGUAG